UUUUUUUUUUUGCUAGCGAGCGAGCGAGCGAUCCCUAACACUUCACUCACCCAAAACUCAAAAAUAAUUCAAAUUCCAACAAUUUUUUCAUCUACAUGGCCUUUCACGUUGCUUGCCCAAUUACAUGCCGGCGAAUCUGUUUCUGUCCGCUAGGGUUUCCGCGGGGGCUAGAGAAUGCGAAGGCGAGGGGGGAGUUCGCGGAGGAGGUUUCGAGGAUCGAGGAGUUUCUGAGGGACCCGUUGGGGAUUAGGUUUAGGGAGAAGAGAGGAGUAGGAGAUUCAGGAUGGAAAGAUACGGUUCAGGUUUUGGUUCCGAAGGUGGUUCCGCCUCCGCCGCCGUUGCUUCCUCCGCCGGUUGCGGACGGCGUCGGUGGCGGAGGGAUUGGCGGCGGCGGCGGGGGAAAUGUGGUGGAUGAGGUGGCUGCUGCUGCCUCCGCGCAGAGCAAGCGCAUCGCGCUGCAGAAGAAGGCGGCUGCUGCUAUGGUUGCUGCCGAGGACUACGCGAGGAGGUUCGAGUCCGGUGAUCUGGCUGUGGAUGUUUCAAGAGGUCAAGCUGGAGAAGAGCAGGGUCUGUCUAACAUGAAUGUAAUGUGCCGGCUGUGCUUUUUUGGUGAAAAUGAAGGUAGUGAGAAAGCAAGAAGGAUGCUUCCAUGCAAGAAAUGUGGCAAGAAGUAUCACAGGAGCUGCUUGAAAUCUUGGGCUCAACAUAGAGAUCUAUUUCACUGGAGUUCAUGGGUCUGUCCCUCUUGUCGGAUUUGUGAGGUUUGCCUGAAAACUGGAGACCCAAAUAAAUUUAUGUUCUGUAAAAGGUGCGAUGGGGCUCACCAUUGCUACUGCCAGCAGCCAUCUCACAAGAAUGUCAGUGCUGGGCCUUACUUGUGCCCAAAACAUACAAGGUGUCACAGCUGUGGCUCCAAUGUCCCGGGAAAUGGCUCCAGUGUAAGGUGGUUUCUGGGUUACACUUGCUGCGAUGCAUGUGGAAGAUUGUUUGUGAAGGGAAAUUAUUGCCCUGUUUGUUUGAAGGUAUAUAGAGAUUCAGAAUCAACACCAAUGGUUUGCUGUGAUGUUUGCCAGCGCUGGGUGCAUUGCCAGUGUGAUGGCAUCAGUGAUGAAAGAUAUCUGCAGUUUCAAGUGGAUGGAAAUCUACAGUAUAGAUGCCCCACAUGUCGUGGGGAAUGCUAUCAGGUCCAGGGUAUUGAGGAUGCUAUUCAAGAACUGUGGAGGAGAAGAGACGAAGCUGAUCGGGAUUUGAUUGCUAACUUGAGGGCUGCUGCAGGUUUGCCAACCCAAGAAGAAAUAUUUUCCAUAUCACCUUAUUCAGAUGAUGAAGAAAAUGGUCCUGUGAGAUUAAAGAAUGAAUUUGGCCGGUCCUUGAAGUUUUCUCUCAAAGGGUUAGCUGAGAAGUCACCAAAAAAGGCCAAGGAUUAUGGAAAGAAAUAUUCAAAUAAGAAGAAUGCAAAGAAAAAAGUAUAUGAGGCACCUUUGACUGGUAAAACAGAAUCGCAUGAGAGUUUUGAAGGACAUAACGAUACCCAGUCUUUUGGAUACAGUGUGGAUGAUGACAAGAAUGAUGAUGAUAAGCAAUCCCAUAGACCAGAAAAAUAUUCAUUUUCUGUGGCUGGAACUCUGAAUCAUACUGAUGGGGUUUGCACAGUCAAUCAGCCUGGGGUUUUGAAACACAAGUUUGUUGAUGAGGUGAUGGUGAGUGAUGAAGAUAAGGCUGCUAGAGUUGUUCGAAUUAAGAGUAAUAAGCCUCAUGUUUUAGAUACUGGUGAGGACUCUGGAAAACAUGCUAACAAGUCAAAAAAUGUGAAAGGAAAGAAGUUAGUUAUAAAUCUAGGUGCUCGAAAAAUAAAUGUAACCAACUCUCCUAGGUCUGAUGCUUCAAGCUUCCAAAGAGAACAAGAUCUGAUGACCUCCAAUGCAGGUAAUGUGAGUACAAGCCAGUGGAAGACAAGUGACAAUUUUAUGGCAGAUAGACAGGUUGGCACUGCUAAACCUGGAGAUGGUAAAGGAGACAGAACUGAUAGCACUGGCCAAGUGAAACUUUUGAAGGUUGCUGGGAAGGAAGGAAAUUUGAUAAAGUUGGGAAAAGUUAGAUCAGAUGUUUCUGAUUCAAACCCCAAAUUUGGCAGAUUGAGUAGUGCUGAUGCAAAUGAAAAUAGUACUCAAGAGCCUACACGUAUUUCAUUGGGGAAGAGAAACAAUGAAGGAAAUGCAGCUGCAGCAGGGUCUCUGGGUGAAGUAAGAGGUAGCAAGGUAUUGCUGGGGAAACCAUCAGAAAGCAGGCCUGAGACUUACAAUGAAGGUAAUGAUGAUUAUGGUCAGGCACCUGGUUCGCAUUCUUUGCCAAAAGAUUCCAAACCUUUGCUGAGGUUCAAAUUUAAGAAACCCACUGUUGAAAAUCAAACUUCUCCUCAGCCUGAGGAAGAAAGGAGUUCUAUCAAGGGCCAAAGGUCAAAAAGAAGGAGACCAUCUCCCUUCAUGGAUAAAACAUUAUCUAAUGAAGAUGAAGAUGUGACACAGUUGAAUCAAGACAAUUUGAUGGAUGAGAUCAUGGAUGCUAAUUGGAUACUGAAAAAGUUGGGUAAAGAUGCAAUUGGAAAGAGAGUUGAAGUUCAUCAGUCAUCUGACAACUCAUGGCAUAAGGGAGAGGUUACCAAUGUAAUCGAAGGCACAUCGUUGUUAUCUGUUACCCUAGAUGAUGGUAAAGUGAAGACUGUGGAGCUUGGCAAACAAGGGGUUCGCUUUGUUCCUCAAAAGCAGAAGAGAUCAAAAACAUGAAGACAGGGAGUUAUUGUCCGUAGGCUUUCUUCCAUGUUAAAGAUGAGGCAAAAUUCUUCAUUUCUAAAGGCCCCAAGAAGUUCAGAGUUUUAUUCUUUGGUUGCUUGUAGUGCUGCUGAUAUCUCAUUGAAGGAUUGUUGGCUGGGCUAUUCAUUCUCUCAAUAGCUUAUCCCAUCAACCAGGGUUUUAUUCUACAAGUUAAAAAGUUACCAUAUUUCAUUUUUUUUUUCUUCAAUUCUCCUUUUACAUGUAUCUGAAUACACUUUGAUUCUUAGAUGUAGCUCUGCUUUAGCCGCCACUUGUUUGUGUGGAACUCAGACAUUUAGGAGUCCACUGUAACCAAUUAGGAAUGGGUGGCAUGAAAAAUAUUAGCUCUUGUUAGUGAGUACUCUGUGAAUAACAUACUUCAUCUAUUAGCAAUUUAGCAUUGUUAAAAGGGGGUUGAAUUUAUCAAAGGUGCUAAUGAUCUCUUAUUCU